CAUCCCGCCCGCGCACCCCUCCCGCCCGCGCAAGGCGUCCGAGGGGAUGAGACCGAGCCAGAGAAGCGCUCGACGACUGCUUUUGUAUCGUACGGUCGUCGUGUCUGGCUGGCUUUUGGAUCGUAUGGUCGUCGUGUCUGGCUGGCUUAUGUAUUGUAUACUCGUCGUGUCUGGCUGCAGCCUGCUGUCCGCGUCUGCCUGCGUCGCGUCUGGCUGCACCUUGCUCGUCGCGUCUGGCUGCACCUUGCUGUCCGCGUCAGGCUGCAGCCUGCUGUCCGCGUCUGCCUGCACCUUGCUCGUCGCGCCCCACGGCAUCCCGCUCGUCGCGACGGCAGCCUGCUGUCCGUCGCGUCUGGCUGCACCUUGCUCGUCGCGCCCCAAGGCAGCCCACUUAUCACGCCCGACCGCACAGCGUGUUCGGCGCACGACCACACCGCGUGUUCGGCGCCCAACCACACCGCGUUUUCGGCGCCAGCUUGCGGCCUAUUUGCUGCGCCAGCCUGAGCUUGCGCCCUCUUCGCAGCGCCAGCUUGCGACCCAUUCGCCGCGCCAGCUUGCGACCUCUUCGCUGCGCCAGCUCGCGACCUAUUUGCUGCGCCCGCUGGGGGAGUCUAGAUCUGACCGAAAGACGGUGGCGAGUCUGACCGAGAGACGGUGGGGAGUCUGACCGAGAGACGGUGGGGAGUCUGACCGAAAGACGGUGGGGAGUCUGACCGAGAGACGGUGGCGAGUCUGACCGAAAGACGGUGACGCCGAUGCCCGAGAGACGGUGGCAAGUCUGACCGAAAGACGAUGGCGCCGAUGGCCGAAAGACGGCGACGCCGAUGGCAAAAUGGACGGGCGAGUGACUGUAGAUUACGGGCGAGUGACUGUAGAUUACGGGCGAGUGACUGUAGAUCUUGUCAGGAACUUCGCGGAGGAAGUCCUCGAGAA